GGAGGAAGAUCGCAUGUACAAUAACACAAUUGAAUAUUAUCAAGGGUGGCAUCAUGUCUCCUUCUCCUCCUCCUACUGCUUUACUUGUUCUACUGCUACUAGUGUUUGUCGCCGUCGUCUGCAAGGAAACUACGCAUGCCUCAGCUUUGAAUGCUGCUAAUACAAUGGGAGUGUCCCCGCAAAAGUUGGAGAGGAUUCAAAAAUACUUGGAAAAGAUAAAUAAACCUGCUGUAAAAUCCAUUAAAAGCCCAGAUGGAGAUAUCAUCGACUGUGUUCUUAUGGACAAGCAACUAGCUCUUGAUGAUCCUCUUCUAAAAAAUCACAAAAUUCAGAGAGUAGCACCUAAGUGGCCAGCUUCGCGCUCCGAUGAUGCCGGUAACCAACAGCCGAGAAAUGGAGCCACGAGAAGGGCUUUGCAGGCAUGGAACGUUGUCGACAACUGCCCUGACGGAACAGUGUCGGUGCGGAGGACGACAGUGGAGGAUGUGUUGCGAGCCGGAUCUCUGUCUCGCUUCGGCAAGAAGAAUGUUCAUAACCAACUUGCUGCCACGGCUGUCGAACAUGAGUAUGCAUUUGCUGGAGUCGGCCAACAAGCGUAUGGGACUAAGACUAUAGUUAAUGUUUGGAAUCCAUCAGUCCGAAACAAUAGCGAGUUCAGCCUUUCCCAGUUAUGGCUUGCCGCAGGAACGUACGGCUUGGAUCACAACACUAUUGAAGUUGGAUGGCAGGUUUACCCUGGCAUGUAUGGAGACAGCAAUACCAGGCUAUUUAUCUACUGGACGAGGGACGCAUAUAACACUACGGGGUGCUACAACUUGGUCUGCCCAGGAUUUGUGCAAACAAACAGCCAAGUAGUCCUCGGAGGACCGAUAGCCCCAGUAUCGACGUACAAUGGCAACCAAAUUGAAAUUACUCUUCGUGUGCGGAAGGAUCCAAAUACUGGCGAUUGGUGGCUUAUCUAUGAUAAUAUAGCUGUUGGUUACUGGCCAUCUGCGAUCUUCACGCACCUCAAGAGUUACGCCACUUCGGUGCAGUGGGGUGGAGAGAUCGUGAACACCCUCGGCAGCGGGCAACGCACGACGACCCAGAUGGGUUCGGGCCAAUUCGCGAAGGAAGGGUACCAAAAGGCCAGCUAUUUCCGCAACGUCGAGGUCAUAAAUACUACUAGUUACCUCGUCCCUCCCCAGUCUGUCUACACCAGUGCAACCUACCCCAACUGUUAUGAUAUUCAGACCUCCUCCUCCGACCCGAGCUGGGGGUUUUAUUUCUUCUACGGUGGCCCGGGCAGAAACCCUCAGUGCCCUUAAUGCGAGAAUUCAAAAAUACUACGCUCUCCUACUGAAAAAUGUUAUAAAUGUAAAUAAGAGAGCGAUUUGGUUAUGUAUUAAUGAUGAGUCAUAAAAGUGAUCACAAAACUGCUCUACUAUAGAUGCUGUAUUUGAUAUAUUGGAAUAAAAACCCCCAACUCGUUUGUGGGCGAGUACCAGAGUUAUACUA